AAUAUAGGUGGAGACACUUGUUCAAAGUCAUAGAUAGUAUGGGGAUAUUUUCGGUGUUAAGAAAUAAUUGGAAGAAAACUGUAUUUUUUAGUGCCAUUGCAGGAGGUGGUAUUUGGUGGGGUGAUAAAAAAUACAGAGAAAGUCUAUUAAGGGCAGUUUAUUGCAAAGAAGCUCAGAAAUAUGGUGCUGUCAGUUGCAAUUUGGGCAAUCCUAGAAGAGUUAUUGUCUUCUUAAAUCCCGCUGCUCAGUCAGGCAAAGCUAGAAGUAUAUAUGAAAAGAAUGUAGCGCCCCUUCUCCAUUUGGCUGGCUUACAAGUCAGUUUAAUAAGGACUGAAUACGAAGGUCAAGGUAAACAAUAUGCAAAAGUUAUAGAAGCGGAUGAAGUAGACGCCAUUGUAAUUGCUGGUGGGAACGGUACUGUAGGAGAAAUUGUAACUGGCUUGUUUCGCUCUUCGAAAUCAAAUAUUCCAGUAGGCGUAAUUCCAUUAGGAAAGACUAAUACUGUAGCAAACAAAAUAUUUGGGGAUUCCGGAGAAGUAUUAAAUUGUUUGGAAGCCGCUAUGUCUAUUAUUAAAGGUGUUACUAAAAAGGAAAAUAUUAUGAAAAUUCGGGCUGAAGAAGGUGAACCAGUAUUCGCUCUGUCAGACCUUCUAUGGGGAACAUUUCGCGACACUCACGCCCAAGUCGACAAAUAUUGGUAUUAUGGUCCCUUAAAGAGAAAAGUUGCUUAUUUGGCUACAACACUGCGUGGUACUUGGCCGCCAACUAUACAAGCUGACAUCACGUAUACAUUACCUUGCUCUGGUUGUAAUAAAUGCGUUCCUAAAUUCGAACCACCUAAAUGGAGGUGGUGGCAUAUUCUACUGAAGCCCCAAUAUGAACUUCCAGCUGUUGAUUAUAGUAAAAUCGUUAAUGAAAAUUGCGGUAUUGAACACAAUGAAAGUAUAUCUGGUAUCGAACUUCAUGCUAAAUUAAACGAAUCAAGUAUAGCAGUUAGCAUUUUAAAUGAUGCUCCUGAGAAGAUGGAAUUUAUAAAAGAGGGUUGGGCCAGGGAAAAAAACCAAAAUUUAAACCUAAUAAAACGCAAAUCGAUUGAUGUUCAAUCGUUAAAAUUAAAUCCACAGAUGCCAAAAGAGACCGAAACUAAAGCUUGGUUGAAUAUCGACAAUGAAGAAUUUGAAUUAUUCCCAUUGACCUUUGAACUAAUUAAAUCUAAAUUGUUACUAUUCUCUUCCAAAUCCGAUAUAGAUCAUACCCAAGUUAAAAGUCCUCUGCAAUUAUUAAAAGAUAAAUGCUUAGCAUAUGCACCAAAAAUAAAUUAA